CCGUUUCCGCCUUCGUGUCGGUGGCCGAGCGCGGCCGCGGCGGGAGGGAGCGGAUAGCGCCGGCGGGGAGCAGCGGGCCGCGGCCGCUCCGGGACCGCACGGCGGCCAUGGAGACGCUGUACCGCCUGCCCUUCGCCGUGCUCGAGUGCCCCAACAUCAAGCUGAAGCGGCCGAGCUGGGUGCACAUGCCCUCGGCCAUGACCGUGUACGCGCUGGUGGUCGUGUCCUACUUCCUCAUCACCGGAGGAAUUAUCUAUGACGUGAUCGUGGAACCUCCGAGCGUGGGGUCCAUGACAGACGAACACGGGCAUCAGAGGCCGGUGGCUUUCUUGGCAUACAGAGUAAAUGGACAGUACAUUAUGGAAGGCCUUGCAUCCAGCUUCCUCUUCACAAUGGGUGGCCUAGGAUUCAUAAUUCUGGAUCGAUCCAAUGCACCAAAUAUCCCCAAGUUGAAUAGGUUUCUUUUGCUCUUUAUUGGAUUUGUUAGUGUGCUUUUGAGCUUCUUCAUGGCCAGAGUUUUUAUGAGGAUGAAAUUACCGGGCUACUUGAUGGGUUAGUACCUCUUGUGCUGUGUGAAAGUUUGAGCUGAAUUUCCUCCUCUUCACGAAGUGUUUUAAGAAGAAACAGCAAGAAGCAAGUUCCAUAGUCACCAUCAACAGCAGAGACCUGGCCAUGAGAAACAACUAGGGAAAGAGUGCUUUCUCUGCAAGCAAACUGUCACUACCAGUGGCUGAUCUGUAGUUUUCAAGCAAUAUUUUAUCAUUUCUGAUGUAGAGCUUUUGAAAAAGAGAAAUUAUAUAGCUGAGUAUUUCUUUUAUAUUCCAUCUCGGUGUGGAGCAAAGAACCUACCUUUAGCUCUACCUGAAACGAGUACUCGCCAUUGACGGUUCUUUGUUGCAGGUCUGUCUCCUCUUCCCUGUUUGGGACAAUUAUGUAUGUGAAUCAGAGAAGAAACACUCAAAACAUUGAUUUCCAAGUUGUAAUCAGAAAAUAAGUAACUUUGGAUGCUUUACAGCCAGAAUACAAUGUGUCUGAAAUUAUUGUGAAGGCAUCUUUGGCCUUGAUAUUCGUGAUAUUAAUGCUCUAUGUGAGCAGAUCCAGACAUCCACUGGGAAGAGCAAACUGUAUGAAUGUGCAUUUUUUUUUUUUUAAGAAAAAGUGUACAAAAGGAGCCAAAUAAAACUUAUUUUCUAAAAAAUUA